UAGACAAUCUCAGUACUAAUCUAACUACGAGCUUAAAAAUGAGUACGCCAAUAGUAACCGUGAAACAAGGUAAAUUAAAAGGGGCGAUGGUACGGAAUAUCUUAGGAUCAUCGUCGUACUACGCUUUCAGAGGGAUACCGUUCGCAACACCUCCUGUUGGAGAACUCAGAUUUAAAUUUAAGGAUCCGCAACCAGCCGAGCCAUGGACAGGUAUCAAAGAUGUUUCCAAAAACGUUGAAUAUUACUGCACCCAGCGCCAACGAUUUAUACCGUAUCAAAUCAUUGGCAGCGAGGAUUGUCUUUACCUGAACGUCUACACCAAUUCUCUCGAUCAAUUGAAACCGGUUAUGUUCUAUGUUCACGAGGGUGCGUUUAUAUGCGGUACUUCGAGUUUCCACGAAAUGAGGCCCGAUUACCUGCUCCCGAGAAACGUGGUGGUCGUCUCGAGUAACUACAGAGUCGGUGCAUUCGGAUUCCUAAACCUGGGCCAUCGAGUCGCGGCCGGGAAUUACGGCCUCAAGGAUCUGAUCUUGGCUUUGGAAUGGGUGAAGGAAAAUAUCUCCAACUUUGGGGGGGAUCCUAACAACGUGACGGUUUUCGGCGUGAGCGCAGGAUCGGUUUUGGUUCACGCUUUGCUUUUGUCGCCACGCACGGAAGGAUUGUUGCACAAAGCGAUCAUGCAGAGCGGUGUGCUUUGGAGUUCUUGGUGCAAGAGUCAGAAUUAUUCUGUUCGUGGAUUCAGAUUAGCCGCCCUCCUCGGUGAAACAUCCAAAAAUCCCGAGGAGGUGGUCGAAUUUCUGCGAAAAGUGCCAGCCGAGGAUAUCGUGAAAAUUCAAUCUAAUAUAGUGACGAUAGAGGAAAAAUUCUCCUUCGAGAUUCCUUUCGGGGUGAGUUACGACGAGAUAGCAGACGAUCCCGUCAUGCCAAAAUCUAUCGAUGAAUUACUGAGGACAAGAGGAAGUAAUAUCCCCGUAAUAAUCUGUUACACGGCUGACGAAUGCAUAUCAUACGUAAAAGAUAAGUCGAGGGAGACGAUUGAAACGUUGAACGAAUAUAUGCCCAAGUACGUGAGAAGUUUGAAAUCGUUGAAGAAAUUAAGUGAGGAAGAUUUUGAACGAAUUUACGAUACGAUAAACAAUCGAUUCUUUGAAGGGAAACCGAUUAAUGAAAAAAAAAUCCGCAAAGCAAUCGAGGCAUUGACUCAUAUAUAUUUCGAACUUCCUAUUAUCGUGAUGAUAGAAGAUCUAGUGAAAAGGACAACCGUGUCUAAUUACGUUUGUAGAUUCUCGUACGUUGGAAAUGAGGAAUCGGCCAUUGAUUUCAUACAAAAACGUCAAGUUUCUGGAGCAGCUCAUACGGAUGACGCGCCAUAUUUGAUAUAUUCACCGAAAUAUAAAGUUUAUGAGCCUAAUCCACCAGUAAUCGGUACAAAAGAUAGAAUAACAAUGGAACGAAUGACUAGAAUGUGGACUAAUUUCGCAAAAACGGGGAAUCCUACCUCGUUUAAAGAUGAAUUUGUUAACAUUGAUUGGAGACCCGCAACAAUGGACGAUCUCUGUUUUUUGGAUAUUAAUAAUGAAUUAAAGAUGCAUCCCAUUUUACCACACAUUUUAUCCUCUUCAUCCACCAACGAUUUAAAAAUCUACUCGAUAAUGAGCCAGCCAAUUGUGACCGUGAAGCAAGGUAAAUUGAAGGGAGGAAUAGUGAAAAAUGUUUUAGGAGGAAAAUAUAUCGCGUUCAGGGGGAUACCGUAUGCUGUUCCACCUGUUGGAAAACUCAGAUUUAAGGACCCGAUACCGAUUGGACCGUGGACCGACGUUAAGGACACCUCGAAGCCCACUCAAUAUUACUGCCCGCAAAAGCAGAUCUACCCACCUUACCAAAUCAUCGGGUCCGAGGAUUGCCUUUACCUGAACGUCUACACCAAUUCUCUCGAUCAAUCGAAACCGGUUAUGUUCUGGAUUCACGAAGGUGCAUUCAUAUUUGGUAGUUCGAAUUUUCAAGACGUGAGGCCCGAUUACUUGCUCCCGAAAGACGUGGUGCUCGUCUCGACUAACUACAGACUCGGUGCAUUCGGAUUCCUAAACCUGGGCCACCGAGCCGCGACCGGGAAUUACGGCCUCAAGGAUCUGAUUUUGGCUUUAGAAUGGGUGAAGGAAAAUAUCUCCAACUUUGGGGGAGAUCCUAACAACGUGACGAUUUUCGGCGUGAGCGCAGGAUCGGUUUUGGUUCACGCUUUGCUUUUGUCGCCACGCGCGAAAGGAUUAUUUCACAAAGCGAUCGCGCAGAGCGGAAUGCUUUCGAGCGCCUGGAGCAAGAAUCAAAGUCAACCCGAUCGCGGAUUUAAAUUGGCCGCUACCCUCGGAAAAGUAUCCGACGAUCCCGAGGAGGUGGUCGAAUUUCUGCGAAAAGUGGCGGCCGAGGAUAUCGUGAAAGCUCAGCCUACCAUCCUCACGUUGGAGGAGAAAUUCUCUUACGCUAUUCCUUUUGGGAUCAAUUGCGACGAGAUGGCGGAGAAUCCUGUUAUGCCAGAACCUAUCGACCAAUUGCUCACAAAGAUCGCUAACGUACCCGUGAUAAUAAGUUACACGGCCCACGAGUACAUCAUGUUCCUAAGAGGCAGAGGUCAAAAUAUAUUAAACGUUUUGAACGAGUAUCUGCCCACGUACGUGAACAGUUUGAGAGUGUUGAAGAAGUUGGAUGACGAACAAAUCGAGGAAUUAUACGAAAUUUUGACCAAUCAAUACUUCGACGGGAAACCGAUCAACGAUAAGAAACUGCGAAAAGUGAUCGAUCUUCUCACUCUCAUUUAUUUCGAGCUACCCGCCAUUAUGACUAUAGAGGAUCGAGCGAAGACAUCGCUUUCCUCUACUUAUCUGUGCAAAUUCUCCUUCGUUGGCAACGAGAUAUCUCUUUCGGAUCUGGUAGUGAAACGUCAAGUUUCUGGAGCGUCUCACACCGACGACGCCCCAUAUUUGAUAUAUUCACCGAGGUUGAAAAGUGACGAUCCUGAUCCACCGGCGGUCGGUACGAAAGACAGAAUAACGAUGGAGCGAAUGACCAGGAUGUGGACUAAUUUCGCUAAAACGGGGUAA